GGGAGUCAAGCCAAGAUGUGACCGUCACCGCGCGUAAUUGUUUGGAUCCGUCCUGCCUUUUCAACACUUGUUUCUAUAGCAACAAAAAUAUCAGAGAACACUUAAAAGUCCCUUUCCAACCAUGCAGUCCUCUAGUGGCUCCUCUCAGCCUCCAAAGCCGCGGCGCUUUGACGUCAGCAGGCGGACCAAUACCGUGGCUGGACUGAAGUCUCAUGGCCCCGGUUUUCAGAGGGAGGAUAAGAACAUGAACACGAUCGCCGCGGCCUCCCCACGCCGAGUUACCAAAACCCCUGUUGCAGCCACCAGGACCAGGGUGGGGGUGCAGCCUCGAGCACCGGUCACCCAGUCCAGGUUUGUCUCGCAAAGGUUGAGCCAACAAGGUCCCACCAUCUCCAAAACAGCGAAGCCCAAACCCAAGACUCGUGCAUCUGCCGCAGCCAAAAUUGCACCAGCGGCCGCUCCACCUCCACUUCCCUCCGUUCUCCCUCUUGACACAAACUGCAACGAGCCGAGCCUCCCUUGUCUUUGCUGCGAUGGCCGCUCCCCGCAGGACAACAACAGCAUGUUUAACCAUAACCACAACAACAACAACACCAUCUCUAUCCGACAGCAACUGAAGCUACCGCCUCCUCCGGCCCCCUUGCCACAGAGGCAGGAUGGGAAAGGAGCCAAGGAGCCGUCUCAGCCUCCGUCACAAGCGCAGGCCCAGCUGGAGGCCUCCGCCCGCCCUGCUGCCACUCUGGAAAACAAAGGCAAGAACGCAGCCGCUAGCGCUGAUCUGGACAACAAGAAAAAUGUCAAAGUAGAGGAAGAAGAUGACGAUGAAGACAGUGGGGAUAUUGAUAUUGAUGAUGAUGAAGAUGAGGCUGAUGACGAUGAUGAUGACACCCUGGUCCCCUCGUGCUGUGACUGUCCCCCCUCCUUACUGGAGUUCUCGCUGUCCUCCUCCACCUCCUCGUCCUCCACUUCCAUCAGCUCCUGCUCUGAUCUGGAGUCUGACUGUGCAGAUCAAUCCGCCUCCAUCUGCUCUUCCCACGACGAAGACAACCUGUCCCUCGCUCUGUCCCCCAAAGACCACUCUCUCCCACAAGCCCGCGAAUGCAAGCCUCCUGCGCGUUCACCCCCAUCCCUUCCUCUUAACUGCAACCCCUUCAUCCUGACGUCACACUCCCCAAUUCCCCCGUGCUCCCCAGAUGAGGGUUACCCCUCUGCCCUGGACUCCCCUUCUCCAGACUACUUAGGAGUCAAAGGUGAUUCAGAGAUCAACAAACUAGGUUUGCUUGACUUCCUAGAGUCAGUAGGGGAGUUUGGGAAAAUGGAGCGCUUCAGCCAGGUGAUCCAAGUGGCUCGUUGGGACCUUGAGGGGGAGCAACACUGGGAUGUUCUGAGGGAUCGACUAGACCACCUGGACCACCUGGAGAAGGUGAACAGGGAAGUAAAACUGGCUUACAUCGCCAAACUCCACGAGAAGGGAUUUGAUCUUGGGGAUCUCGAGGAGCAAGAUCUGUCAGAUGUAAUGGAUGAAAUGGGCAACAUCGACAUUACCUGGAAGUUGUAUAAAAGCAGUAGAGGAGCGAUGGGAGACUCUCAGGAGUUUUCAGAUGCAGGGGUUGAUCUCACGGCUCCUUCAGACUGUGAGGACCCUCUCCUUCCUGAUUCCCUCACUCCUUCUCCUGUAGGGCCACCACCGAGACCCCCCAAACCCCCAGCGCGUCAUGCCAGCGUGAGCUCUGACCUCCACACCUACAUCAAUAUCAGCAGGGAGACGACCUCCAUGGCUGUCUCCACCUCUCCCACCCUGUCUACUUUCUCCCCUAACUCCUCGUCCCCCACUUUCACAACUUUUAGAUGUGAGAAACCCCUACCUCCAUCUCCACCCUCCAUUCCUCCCCUCCCAACUUCUAAACCUGUCCCUUACCUCACUCUUUACACCACCCCUUCUCCGCCUCCAUCACUCCCCACCCCAACUCCUCCCAUUCCUCCCCCUAGGAAGCGUCACCUUGCCAGGAAGGAGGCACAGCGGCUCGCUGCUCUUCAGGCCCUACAGGAAAGCACCCCCUUUUCCCUCCCUCCGCCUACCACACGUCCCCCACCUCUGCCUCCCCCGCCAGUUAUCUCAAUCUCCUCCUCAUCUCCCCCUGCCAUACCACCUCCACCUCCACCUGUCCUGCCCUCUCCCCCAUCCUUCCAUGUACUAGAUGUAGAGAUUCAUAAGCUUUUGAUGCUUGCUGGAGUGACCCAAGCGGAGCUUCUCAAACUCAGCCCAGAGCUCAGUGUUUGCGUUGGAGGGUUAGAGGAUGAAGGAGAUCAAGAUAUCUCGUCCAGGUGUGGGGAUUCUUAUGAGUUCAGAUUAAAUGAGAGGGAGGUGGAGAAGGAUUGUUACAGAGAUGGAUGGAGCAGCAGAGGCAAGUUAGAUGGAGAUCGAAUAGCUUAUAUAGCUCAAGAAACCAACAAGGAAGAGGAGAGCACACAAAGAACCACCUCGUUCACUGAGAUGGCGAGGAGGAGGAAGAGGAGCUGCGGUCUGACCUCCGACCCCUAUUACAGCGCUGGUUUUAGCAAUACACAUGAAACUAAAGCAAACAACAUUAGCUUUGAUUCUUACCGGUAUUCUGCAGAGGAGCUAGAUUCACCUCCCCCUCCACCUCCUCCUCGUCCUUUACCCCCAAUCCCCCCAUCUGUGCAAUCCCACAAAGUGAGCACUCUUGUGGCUAACUCUGCACAGCCUGAUCGAUUUGAUUGGCUAAUAGCGUUCACACCUGAAUGUGAAGGCCCACCAAAGCUUCCACUCCUUGCAAUGAGAAAAUCUCACGUGGUGAGUCAAAAGAAGCUCAGCUCAUCGGGGUCAUCUCCAGGUUCAGCUCCACACGUCACAACUUUUAAAGAGCUUCGUUACGGCAACAAGAGCACCUUCCUGCAAACAAAGGUGAUCACUGAUCCGGACCCUGACCCAAACGUUAUCACUCCAGAUGCAGACAUCCUGUACAACCUGAGGUGGAGACGACAGAUGGCAGGCGGAGACGGCAACGAAUGGGAAUACACUUCUCAGGCUCAGGCCUUCUUCAUGCAGCCGCCACCAGCCCUUACUUCAAUGGCCGCUCUGAAGGAAAUGCUCCAGAGAGCUGACGAGGAGGGUAGACAACCCGAGCUGUGCCCAAUACAGAAGAUUGGCUGCUCGGUCAGUGACAGCAGCCUGUGGACCACGGGCAGAGAGUGGGAGGCUGAAGGAGUCAAGAGGGAGGAGAAGGAAGGGAAAGAAGAAGGGGAGGAAAAGGUGGUGUUGGAAGUUGAGGUGCGGGGACGAGCCGACGGAGGAAGGACUCUUGAAACAAGAACCACAGUUUCCUCUCCACCACUGUCCCUCGCCCAGUCCUCCCAACCCUACUUCCUGCACACUGCCCUCCCUUCCUAUCACCCAGGCUACUGUAACGCCCAGCCCUUUGCAGAUCCCAGACCCCACAGCCAUGCAGGCAGGGAGUCCAAAGACAAAUACUGCAACACACCGACCCCCCCUGCUGCCAGCUCAGCUCGUAUCCACAGAGAUGAUUCUGGCACUGACAUGAGCUUCGGCUUUAACUUUCAAUCCCUGGAUGAUGUUAGUGUAGACUCUCCUUGUGAUUAUGGGACUAUCUUUAACACACAGAGGGACUUUGCGUCUGACUCUCCCUGUCAUUUUGACUCCCUAUACUGCUGUAACUCAGGCACACACGUUAAGUCAGACACACCUGAUAUUAGUGGCACCACAGUGGCUCCGGGCUGCACCACCCCAUAUAAGAACAUAGAUGUCAUGAUGACGUAUUCAAACAGUAUCAACGCAUUCGAUUCGCUGCAUUCAGAAAAGCGCCCACACUCUCACACAGACAACAGAAACAAGGCCAGGACGUCCAAAGAGCUUCCUCCUCUCCCUACAUAUUACCUGUACCACCCUAAAAACUGCCCUCUGCACAGGGGAUCCCCUCCUCGUCUCUCCCCUAUCGGUGCCCUCUCCCCUCCCCAUCGCCCCGGAGCCCCCCCGCCAUGCACUGCAGGCUUCCACCUCAACUCCCCGCUUUUCCCCCGCUCUCACACCUUGCCUGCCCUCGCUGCUCCCCUCUACUAUCCAAACCUUUACCCUCCUAUACCGCCAAGGGCGCCCCCCCUUCCCCCAAAACUCUACCAGGCUCCUCCGCAGUCACACGUGGCGACUGUCCGCAGUGUCUCAUUCGCUGGCUCUGUUCAGAGGACAGAGGCAUCCUGGAUGGGCGAAGAUGUGAAGCAUCCAAUGAGAGGUCUGGGCCUGUCCUCUCUGUGCCUGCAGGAAAAGAAAGCUCUGGUCAGUGCCGUCAGUGUGGCAGUGGAAGCCAUCUUGGCCCAGUUCAGCUCUUCUCGGACUGUAGUUCAGAAGUCUCUCUCAGUUAACAAGGCUUUAUCAGGAGACAGCACUAUAAAUCCAUCUCUGGGCCGUCUGGUGCUGCAGUGCCUCUGCCCUGCACUGCACAGCUUGCUGACCGAUGGCUUGAAACCUCAUCAGAGUGACCUGAUUGCAGGCAGGAGGCCAAAUUCAGCCUGGGGUUUGGUCCAGGCAUCAACCAAGCCAGGUCCAAAAACACAAGCAUUGUUCAACCUAAAAGUUCGAAUUGGAGAGCUGCCUCAGCUCAGACAGAGCAAACACCGGUUCAACGCAUUCCUCCUUGGCCUACUCAAUACAAAGCUUCUUGAUUUCUGGCUGUCUCACCUUCAGUCUUGCAGUGAUGUGCUGGAGACAUACUCACAGUAG